AUGCUCUCUGUUCCGUCUCCGUCAACUACCGCGCUGCCAUCAGGCAAGUCCCACUUCUCAACCGACAAGCCAAGCAUAUCGAGCAGUGACGAUGGAACCGGCGGCGACAAUUGCGGCAAGAACCGCGGCACCAGCGGGUCGUCGCUGGCGGAGCUGUUCCGGCCGUGGGGAGUCUCGGACUCGCCGCUGGUGAUUUUCGAUAACGCGCCGAUAGAGGCCAUCGACGUGGGCACGCAGCAGCAGGACCCCGGCGACGCGUAUCCCGUGGUGCCGCUCCUUGCACUUCCUGUGCGAUUGACUGCGGCCGCCAGUGCGGUAUCCGAGGUGUCGUGGAAGCUGAUCGUAAUCGCAGCGCACGACCCGCUUGUGUUGGCGAAUCAGGUUGAUUCUUUGGCGGCGAAGGUUCUGCCGAAGCUCUCAGUAACUUCUCGUCUCCCUUGUUCCCCCUUUCACGCCCCUUCAACAGCGGAAGUGAAGUCUACGCUGCUUGCGAAAGGCACUUCCCCGCAUGGAUUCCCCGCGGGGUACGCGCCCGAGGCGUCGUGGUUCGAAGAUUCCUGGAAGGCGCACCACGUGGUGGUGGAGUCGUACCGCACAUGGAAGCUCCUGUGCGCGCCGAUCCUCCGCCGCCCCGCGUUGCAACGCCGACCGCAGCUUGCGGCGCGCACCGUCAGCGCGUGGGAGAAGCACAGCAGGAAUACCGAAGACAACGCGGCAGUGUGGGGACUCGUUGCGAGUGCCGCCCUUCGCGGCGGGAGUGGCAGUAACAACCGGAACUCGCUGCUCGACAGUAUGCCGACCCCCAGAAGUCGUCCCAACACUUGUCAGCUCGCUUCUGUCGCGGAAUCUGAUUCCGCGGGUUCGCUCGACGGUGGCAGCAACAGGGAUGAUACGGACAUCGAGAACGCCGACAGCUUGACGCAGGGGACGGUUUCGCGCAGCGCGUCAGCCAGCGGAAACGCGCCGCGUGACGCGGAACCGAUGUCCGUAGACGAGGAUUACACGCAUCUUAGGCGCACGCGGACGCAGUGGAAUGUCCUCGCGGGCCGGCUGGGAAGGGAUAGCAGCGCAGCGAGAAGCCAACGCAGCAUAAGCCAACCGACCUUCGCGGGCGGGAGCGCGCGGAGCAGCAUCAGCCAUGCUGGCGGGAGCGGAAGGAGCAUGAGCAGGCAGGCGCGCGCGUUCAGCGCGAGGCUGGGGCGUCUUGACCUCCCCCUUCCCUCCCCCCGCGCUAUCGUGAGCUCCGCCAUGUCGCGCUACUUCUCGCCUUCCUCCACUGCCAGCUCAGCAUCGCCCGAGGACGUCAGCGUGAUUACGCCUCACUCCCCGGGGAUAGCAAGCAGCAGCAGUGCCGCUACUGGUAGUGGUAGACGCGUCGCGCCGCCCCGUCCGCAAGGCCUUCCAAAGAGCCCUGCGCUGGCGGCGCAAAACCUAGUGGUGCCACAGCCUGCUACUCCUCAUACCGCUCCCAGCAAACAGGGAUCCCCGAGGGAUGACGGUUCGGAAGGCGGCUCGUUGUUCGCGCAAGGCAGUGGCAGGUGGGCGGAGGAGGCGACACGGGGGGGCGAUUGCAGCGGAUAUGAGAUGGAGAGAAGCACGAGCGGGAAAGUGGGGAAGGUCGUCGUUGCGGAGGCACAUGCGGGGACUUUGAAUGACGGUAGGGGAAAGGAGCCUUGCGAAAGGAGGAGCAGCGACGCCAUGGCUCCCGCAGGCGCGUCGUCCGGGAGUCAAGUUGGCAAUACUGUGGGAAUCACUGGGAUUCAGAGCAUCAUAGUUCUAGCCCUAGGAGCUUGCAGGGAGAAGCGGGUGGCACCGCAGGUGUUGUGGCGGAAGAAGCAGCAGCGAUGGAAGCAGCAGUUGCAGGGGCAUCGAUGCGGAACUCUGAGCGACUGCGACACAUGUUCAGGGACAAGGCACUGGCAAUCCCAGGGAAGGACAAGGCUGGGGUCCAAGAAUCUGCGCGCGGUGGGACCGCGAGAAUUGCAUGCGCCAGCGAUGCUGGGGAGGCUGGUUCUUCUGACCUUGCUGAAUAUGGCCGUGCGGGUGGUGGGAGCUUCAGGAGUGUAG